UGUUCCGAAUGAAUAUUCGGAAGACAUUACUCGUUUCUCAACGUUUGCAUGGUUCGGUCGCGCCGGAUUUAAUCUAUUCACUUUAAUGUUAAACUAAAAACAUAUUCGAGAAGUUUGACGCACAUACGUUCACCGCUUUGUUUAGGUAUACGAUAAUUAUCACUGAAAUAAACUUAGAAGUUUUUCAUAUGUUUGUCUAGAAUAAUAAAUAACAGUUUCGAUUUAUUUCAUUUUAUGUGCUAAGUGAGAGUGUAAACGUCGAAAUAAUAUUAACAAUAAAUUGGACAAGUUCGAGUUAAAAUGGCUCUCUUGGGUAAAGAAGUAAAAAGACUGAACGCAAUCAUGAUCGUCAAGAAUAUUACUACGUUAAUAUCAAAAGGACCCGAAGAAGCCUUACACACUGAACAAUAUUGCAUCUCGAAGUACGCAAAUUACGCUUUUGAUGAAGGUGCUGUAUUCUGCAACACGACCUUUGACACAUAUCUGUGCUGGCCUCCAACUAAAGCCAACACCGUCAUACAGCAACAUUGCCCGAAAGUUCGUCUCAGCGAUCCAUCAAAAUUUGCUUAUCGGCAAUGCGGUCCCGAAGGUCUUUGGGAAGGUCGUCAUGCCAAUCAAGCCAACGCUAAAGGAUGGACAAAUUUUACACCGUGCUUUCCACCAGAUCUACAGGCUCUAAUCGCUGAAGUUUUCAAUGAACACAACGUACAGACUAAAUUCCAAAUAGCCGAGAAUACACGAAUCAUUGAAAUCAUUGGUUAUACUCUUUCUUUAUUCACCAUCCUCGCUUCCAUCAUCAUCUUCUGCUACUACAAAUCACUGCUAAAUAAAAGGGUCAAGAUACAUAAAUGUUUAUUUUUGGCAAUGUUAUUUCAAAUUUUGGUUCAUAUGACCCUUUAUUUAGAUCAGGCACUUUAUCCUAUAAAUGAUUCGUCAAAUCGGCUUAACAAUACUAAAGGAAUUGACGGCACUCCCAAUCUCUGCGAAGCUCUUUACGUUGUCAUGGAGAGUAGUAUUUCAGCGACAUUCAUGUGGAUUCUCCUAGAGGGGAUCUACUUGAAUUUUUUAGUUUCGAAAUAUGCAUUGCAAUCCAAUUUUGAUUUGAAAAUAUAUUUAUACAUCGGCUGGGGAUUUCCAUUUAUUUUAACUCUAAUUUGGGCGAUUAUUAACUUUAUCUUCUAUAAAGACGAAAAAAUUAAAACAUGCUGGUUCGGUUAUAAUUUGGCGGCUAGUUAUUGGUGCCUCCAAGGACCCCGUUUAGCUAUUAUAUUAGUAAAUGUUGUUAUAUUAUGUAGAGUACUUAAGACCGUCAUCGCUAAAUUACGAGCUCAUAAAACAUCUGAAAUAGAAAAAAUAAAGAAAGCUGUUAAAGCUGCUCUUCUUUUACUCCCUUUGCUUGGAAUCACUAAUUUAUUAACUACUUUUGACAUACCUAUUUCAACGAAUGUGUCACUCUUCAGAGUGUGGUGUUAUACUCGACAAUUUAUGAAAUCUUUCCAAGGAUUCUUUUUAAGUUUAAUUUAUUGUUUUUUCAAUGGAGAGGUCCGCACUGUCAUCGGUCGCCGAAUUAACAACAGGACAGCACGAUACUUUCAUAGGAAUCAAUUGUCGGUUAACACGAAACGACCGACGCCAAAGCGAAAAGCUGUCAAACCCUUACCGACUGUUUCAAGGUAA